AUGUCUUGGCAAUCUGGAUCAGAAGUCGAGCCGCUGCAACCGCCGCCCGUGGCGCAACAGCAGCAGCAACAACAACAGCACCAGCGCCACCGCAGCACCCAAUCGGAAGAAUUCGAGUCAGCAGUCGCUGCCGUCAUUUCGCGAAUCAAGAUCGACAAGCCCCCUUCGUCAAAUUUCGAGUCGGCGCCGAAGCCGCCUCUCCCCGCGGCGGCGCGCGAAGCAGCGGAUUUCUCUAUGGGAGAAACGUCGUCGGCGCCGCGUUUCGCGGCGGGGCAUCAGGCCCAGCUUCAACAUGACGGAAGCCCUUGGGAAAACCCGAGCGCGCAUUCCACGGCGGAUAUGAUCGUGUCUCCGCCGGCGACGGCUUAUCUCCGCCCGAACCGCUUCGGCACGCCGCUGGUGCGUCCUUCUAGCGCGGGGAGCUCCCGCGGGGGCAGUUCUGCCGGCGGCGGGAGUUUCCGCGCGCAGCGCGGCGACGCGUCGCCGCCUACGUUUAAUAUCCCGUUAACUACCACUCACACGCAGAAGCAGCGUUGGCCGGACAGCCACGGCGCCCAAACCCUAAGCGCGUGGCUCCAACGAACCAGCAGCUCAGGCUCGGGAUCUGGUUCGGAAGGCAAAGCAGCACAAGACCACGGGGCGCUGCAGCGCUGCGCUUCGGCGCCGCACGAGCGCAACGGCGGCGGCGUGAAUUCCGACGGCGCGCCGCGCGGCGGCGGUGACGAAGCGCGCGAAAUAGCGGCGGCGCUACAAUCUGGCGGGGGCGGCGGCGGGAUGCAGCAGGAAACCGAGGAGGAGCGCUCUAUAAAGCGCCGGCUUCUAAACCGCGAAUACGCGAAGCGGUCGCGGCAGCGGCAGCACGAGCGCUUCGUGGAGCUCGAGGCGCAGGUGAAUUCUAUGGCGGCGGAGAAACGCGCCGCGGACCAGCGGCUUCAGGAGAUGGAACAAGCGCUGAUGAUCCUCCAGGAGGAAAACGCGCGGCUGCGGCAGAUUGCCGCGGGGCGCUACAGCCGCGACAUGGCGGAAAUACUGCGCGCGAUACAACAGGCGGGGGGAUUUCCCGCGGAGGCGGCGGCGGGGCUUUCCGCCGCGGGAGGGUUUCCCCCGGGAGGGUUUGCGGCGCCAGUAGAGCCUCCGCAAACGGGUUUCGCGCCCGACGCUCGUGGCGCUCGCGGUUUCCUAGAGGAGGGCGCGUCCGCUCCCGCCUCCGGUUCCGCCGCCGCCGCCGCAGCAGCAGCAGCGCGAGUAGAUUUGCGUUUUAAUGCCGCGGGCGCGUUUACCGGUGCGAGCAGCUAUCAGGGGAUCGAACUCGCGGGGACAGACACUGAGACAGCGAUUGGGGGGAACUGGCCGCGCAGUGCUUCCGCCCCUGCGCCUGAACACGUCAGCGGAGGAGCCCAUGCUCCGCAAGCGCCAGGGUUUGGUGCUGCUGACGUGGACAUUUCCCUGGGAGCAGAUGAGGACACGGCUGCUUUGCUGGCUGUGGCUGGGCUUGUAGGGGGGAAUGGGGGAAGUGGGGAGAGAGGUAGGCUGGGUGGGGCGAAGGAGGGAGCAGAACUGGGGAAUGGGAUGGAGGAUGUGGGAGGGGUGGGAGGAGGGGGAGGAGGGGAAGGAGGGGAAAGGGUGGAGGGGUCGAGCUGCGGAGCGGUGGGGGGGGGGUGCGGGGGAGUGGAAUGA